CCCUUUAAGAGGGGGCGUGGCCUCUCGGCGAGAGGCGGGCAGGAGCGGGAGGAGGCAGUAAGUGGCGGCGUGAGCCUGGCGGCGGGGCCCCGCGCUAAGACCGGAAGCGGAAGUGUCUCUUCAGCGGCUCGGGCGGCUCGGGAUGGGUUCCAAGGCCAAGAAGCGAGUGGUGCUGCCCACGCGCCCGGCGCCCCCCACGGUGGAGCAGAUCCUGGAGGACGUGCAGGGUGCGCCCUCCGACGACCCGGUUUUCACCGCGCUGGCCCCGGAAGGCGCCGCAGGCCUCCCCGGGAGGGUGGAGGACUCCGAGGCCCGGCAGGAGCAGCUCUACCAGCAGAGCCAGGCCUACGUGGCCAUGAACCAGCGGCUGCAGCAGGCGGGCGACGGGCUGAAGCGCAAGUGCGAGGCGCUGCGGCGAGCGGGGGAGGAGCUGGAGCGCGAGGUCGGCCAGGUGAAGCAGGUGGCGCUGCCAGGAGCCGUGGCUGCCUCCUUGGGCUGAGUGGUCCACCCGCUUGCCUGAGCACCUGCACCCUGGGUAGGGCGCCCCCCCGCUCCCCGUGACUCCUGAUCUGCCACAGCUUAGACCCCCGGCUCCCGUGGUCUGGGUGUGUCCCGGUACCCAGAGAGCCCCGGAGACACAGCUGGGCAUGGGCCCCUCCCUGGGGGUCAGGCCUGGGGCGGUGAGGAUGCUGCUCACCCCGGGGCCAUGGAGCCCAGACCGGACUUCGCAUGGGGCCCCGCACCCAAGGCCAGGCCGUCCAUCCUCCUCUCCCUCCCUCUGGGGUCCCAG